AUGUGCAAGGAGACAGGAGAGGAUAGUGGCAAAGAAAUUGGGGAGGUCAUUGAUGUAGAUGUGGACGACUGUGGCAUGGCUGCAGGGGAUUACAUGAGAGUAAAGGUCCGGCUGGACAUUACUAAACCCUUGAUGAGAGGGAUCAUUGCUUUUGAUGAUGUGGAGGAUGAAGGGGAAGAUAGCAGCGAUAGGUACCGUGGGUACUGGUUCCCGGAGUGGCACCUGUCGGCCCUAGCGGCAGCCCGCGACCACUUCGAGCCCAAGCCAACAGGCAUCUUCCUGGUGAGCUGCCCCAAGUCCGGCACCACCUGGCUUAAAUCGCUGGCCUUCACCACCGUGCACCGGGACGUCCACCCGCCGUCCGGCCGCGAGCACCCUCUACUGCACAAAAACCCUCAUGGCUGUGUUGAAUUCAUCCACGCAAUCUAUCGGCAACCGGUCGACGUCGCAUGGGGCAUCGUCGAGGCGUACCCUUCCCCGCGCAUCUUCGGCACCCACUUCCCCUUGUCCUUGCCGCCGGAGCGCAUCAGCAGCGAUGGCAGUGGCUGCCGGAUCGUCUACAUCUGUCGGGAUCCCAAGGACGUGGUUGUCUCGUGGUGGUGGUUCAUGCGCACCUACCUCCCAAACCCCGAUCAGGUCCAGUUCGAGGAGGUGUUCGAUUUGUGA